AUGGCACCAAGAAAGACUCAGCGAGCACAAGAUCUGCUGGCAGGAAGGGGAUCAUCAGCAUGGCUUACAGUGUUUCCCCUCCAGGAUUUAGGCUUUAACCCGAAUAAGAGGGAGUUCCCUGAUGCUGUUAAACUACGCUACGACUGGCCAGUGGAAGAUAUCCCCUCCACAUGUGCUUGUGGGGAAGCCUUUACUGUUGAUCACUUUAUGAUUUGCAAACUAGGAGAUUUUAUUACUCAACGCCACAACGAGCUAAGAGAUCUCCGAGCUGAAUUUCUAAGUUUGGUUUGUAGUGAUGUCGAGAUCGAGCCAGUCCUUCAAGACAUCUCCGGCGAACAUUUAAACAGAGGAUCUAGUAAAGCUCAGGAUACG